GCUCGCGUGUUUCUCCGGGGCUUUGGAAUUAAUGUUCUGCUCCACCGAACUUUCCGCGUUUUCCGUUUUAUUCAUUCUAUCGUUCUUUUGUUCUCUUUUUUCUUGUUUCUUUUAUCUUGUUCAUUUUAUCUUUCUUUUUUUUUUUAUCACGAAGAAAGGAAAAAAACCAGCAGCGUUAAUAUCGGUAUACAUACAUUAUAUGUCUGAUAAAAACCUUCGAUUGCGAUUUAUUUAAUUUCGAUUUACGAUUUUAUUAAUUUCAUUUUUAAUUGUAUCGAUUAAAGACUGUAUACAACUUUAAUACAUUAUUAUCGUGAAGUAAUAAUUAUACAAUAUAAAUUUGUUUCGCUAUUACCCCAUUCAAAAUAUUCCAAACAUUUAAUUGUAAACAGAGAGAAAGUGAAAAGAUGAAUGGACGUGGUUACUAACAAAAUAAUCCGUGAAUGAUCCGUGAAACUACGUAGUUACUUUGUAGUUUACACAUUCUUUCUUGCGCAACUUGCGGACGAUUGUGAGACGAGAGAAAGAAUCAAGGGAGAUUAUCUCUCUACCUCCAGAGCGUCGUCUGACGACCAAAGAAAUUCAAUUAAGCGUCUAGCAAGCGAUUAAUAGCCCACUCGAAAAUGUUCGCUGGUGCUUACGAGAAGAACGUCCACCAGACGAUAAAAAAAAGAGGACGAGAUAGAGAUAGAGAUAGGGAGAGAGAGAGAGAGAGAGAGAGAGAGAGAGAGAGAGAGAGGGAGGGAGAGAGAAGGAAUCAUUGCGUAUCGAAGACCUCUAACAUCGUUUUCUUUUUCCUUUAAAAAAUAUAAACAAAAAUAGAAUGAAGGUCUCUUUUUUCUGAUAUUUUCAACGAGUCGUGUGUUUUCUAAUCCGCAAUUUUCGUCGGACGAAUGACGAAGCUCGAAACGUAGAGAAAACGAGAACGAAAAAAAAAGAAAUAUUUUCGAGAGAACGAAUCCAGUCUGCUAUCCUAGCUGUUGUUGCGAGAGAGAAAGAGAGAGAGAGAGAGGGGGAGAAAACGUGAGACAAUAUUAUCAGCGCUUCCAACGGAGCAGAGUAAACUUUGAAAGAGAGAGAGAGAGAUCAAACGAUUGGACGAUAGAUAGAUCGUCGAGAGAAAGUAAAUCGACGUAUAAUGUCUCUCUUUUUGGCGUUUAACGAGAGGAUGAAGAUCAGAUCUACGAAUGAUACGGUCUUCUCUUCUAUGGACCAAUCGAGAGGGAAACGCGAUCAGGGAUAGUCGAUUUCUCCAAAAGAUACGAUCUCAGAGUUUCGAAGGUGUAUGCUGUGUGCGCGCGUGAGAGUGACUUUGAACAGUGUUGGAAUACGGGUCUUCAAGAAAGGGAGUGGGGUGAAACGAGAAAAGGAUUAAGGUCAGGGUGGAGACGCGCCUAUCAUCGUCGUCGUCCUCAUCGUCGUCGUCGUCGUCGUCAUCGUCUUCUUCUUCUUCUUCUUCUUCUUCUUCUGCGUUCCACGUUUAUCUCCUCGCAAGCUCUCACCCUUCACGGACUUUCUUUUUCAUCACAAAGCUUGCUAAAACGCGUAGAUGAAGCUCGUAAACACGAGAGAGUAAAGGGAGCUGCGAUCACGGAUAUGACGAUACGAUGAUGCGAGAUCCGCAAAGACGGAAACGAGCUGCUGGGAGUCGGCGAAGCCUGACUCUUAUAAUUCAGGCUCUGCUGAUACAAAAUCUCAGUGUACUAAGAGCUAUAGGACAAACAUCGGAAUGUCCACCAACGGAAUCCAUACCAGGUUGUCCUUGCUAUAAUUUCCAGGAUGGUCUCUUUCUCGAAUGCUCUGGCGCCACGGAGGAGACCCUACGGAGUACUUUGCAAGCUGUUAUAACGGCGACUGGAGCAGAUACGAUAAUACAGUCCUUGAGCGUCUACGAAUUGGAUAAAAGCAUCGAGAUAUUGAAAGAAGGCUGCUUUCCGGCGGAAACACAAAUAAGACAUUUGCAAAUAUCGCAUUCGUCGUUGAAAGAGAUCAGCGAGGACGCCUUUUCUAAUCUGAGGAAAAGUUUAGAAUCUCUAGCUCUUUUGUCCGGACGUUUGACACACGUACCACAGAAAGCGUUGUCCGAUUUAAAAAAACUCGAUGCCCUUCACCUUGAAUCAAAUUUGAUUCAAGAUCUCUCUUCGUACUGUUUCUAUGGUCUGAAAUUAUUGAAAUUGAGUUUAAAGAGCAAUCAAAUCUUGAAGAUAUCGGAAUACGCGUUCGCCGGACUGGAGGACAGUCUAAGCGAUCUGGACCUAGCCGAGAAUAAGCUCAAGUUAUUUCCGAUGGCACCACUUAGGAGACUCGAAAGCUUGGCCUCUCUUCGACUUUCCUAUAACGAAAUCUCUGAAUUACCGGACGAUGGUUACAGUCUCCUUGGUUCCUUACUGAUUCUCGAUCUGAGUAGCAAUAAUUUUGAAAAAUUGUCAGAGAAUUGUUUCAGACCUUGUCCAAUAUUACAUACUCUUUCCCUUUACUACAACUCCAUCGAAGCAAUUCACAAAGAUGCUUUUAUAUCAUUGAAAGACUUGGAAUCGAUAGACCUAAGUCACAAUAAAAUAGUUUUUCUCGACGUGACUACUUUUAAAAGCAACGAGAGACUUCGCACGAUCGAUCUCAGUCACAAUCAUAUCCAUUAUAUAGGCGGAGUAUUCGCGAGGCUACCAGAAUUGAGAGAACUUUAUCUCGCGGAAAAUAAUAUUCUCGAAAUUCCUGGAGACGCGUUCGCCGGCAGUGUCAGUCUCGCGGUGGUUUAUCUUCAACAAAAUGCUAUCAGGAGAAUCGACGCGAAGGGUUUAGCCAGUCUGACUCAACUGGCACAAUUGCAUCUAAGUAACAAUUACAUCGAAAAGGUACCGCGAGAUUUUCUCGAUCAUUGUGAAAAUCUUUCGUCAUUGUCUUUGGAUGGCAACAAAAUUCGUGAACUUCAACCGGGCACUUUCGUUAAGUUGCAUCAAUUAAGGGAAUUGAGACUGCAGGACAAUCAAAUAACCGAAGUGAAAAGAGGAGUAUUUUCGCCGUUACCCUCUUUGCUCGAGCUUCAUCUACAGAACAACGCGAUCACGGAUAUGGAGACUGGCGCGUUGAGAACAUUGAAUAGUCUUCAACACGUUAACUUGCAAGGAAAUCAGCUGACGAUGCUCGGCGACGUCUUUCAGCUAUCCGCUUCCGAAUCCUCAUCCGGUGGGAGUUCUCUGGUGUCGAUUCAAUUGGACAGCAAUGCUCUGGCCGUGUUGCACAACGAUUCUCUACGCGGACAGGCUUCCGUUAGAAUUAUGUGGCUCGGUCAUAAUAAAUUAACACACUUGCAAGCUCCUCUCUUCCGAGACUUGCUCUUGGUCGAACGACUGUACUUAACGAAUAACUCCAUAUCUAAGAUCGAAGAUUCCGCGUUCCAACCGAUGCAAGCACUGAAAUUCCUCGAGCUAAGUAUGAAUAAGCUCGGUCAUGUAACUGCACGCACCUUCUCCGAACUUCACAAGCUCGAGGAAUUGUAUCUCCAGGACAAUGGACUCCGUAGAUUGGAUCCUUACGCUCUGACGGCUCUGAAAAAAUUACGAGUGUUGGAUUUGGCGAAUAAUCAUCUCGCCGUACUACAAGACACUAUGUUUCAAGAGGAUCUACCGAUAGAAACGCUCAAUUUGAAGAAUUGCUCUAUAACGAGCGUAGAAAGCGGCGUCUUCGGUGGUCUCCUGAAUUUGUCUUACCUCAAUUUGGAAGAUAAUUUGAUAACCGCCGGCGCUCUUAUUCGUCUCCACGCGCCAGGACUUCGAACGUUGCUCGCCUCCGGGAAUAAUUUCAGUCACAUCAUGGAACACAGUCUGAACGGCCUGCCUUCCCUUCAGGAGCUCAUCAUCGACGAUGCACAAAUAUCGAAAUUACCCGAGACUAUUUUCCUUUUUAAUAGAAAUUUGGCACGGCUGCAUCUCAAUCGGAAUCUUCUCAGAGCUCUACCACCUGGCAUCUUCGACAGAUUGUUAUCGCUCCGUGAGAUUCGUUUAGAUCGCAACCGGUUUCUGGACAUUCCCUAUUCCGCAUUGGCAAACGCACUCAACCUCGAAAUACUCACAUUAUCCAACAAUGAGAUAGUUAAUGUGGACGUGGCCAGCUUUGUUAGUUUAAAGUAUUUGAGAGAAUUGGACUUGAGCCACAAUCGGAUAGACACAAUGUCUGGCUUUGCCAUAGCCAAUCUAUCCCACUUGCUCUCCGUGGAUCUCAGUCACAAUUACUUAAACGCUUUACCUGCUAACUUCUUCGCACAUUCGUCGAUGUUACGACGCGUCAACCUAUCGGAAAAUAAAUUCCGACAAAUACCAGCGGUCGCUCUAUCCGGACAAAAUCUCCCCGGUCUCGCCUGGCUGAAUCUAACAAGAAAUCCGCUCAAUAGAAUCCACGAUCUACCCUCGGAGGCUAUGUAUCCGAUCCUACAAGAGAUUCACAUAUCUGGUACCAAUCUGAGCAUCGUCACGUCACAAGAUUUCGAAGCUUUUCCGGCUCUUCAACAUCUCUUUCUAGGUCAAAAUUGCAUCCUAAGAGUAUCGCCAGGAGCAUUUCGUAGCCUACCAAAUCUAUUGACCCUCCAUCUAGGUAUGAACAGCCUAGAGAUUUUACCGAAAGAGAGGCUCCAAGGUAUGGAGCAUCUGCGAAUACUGAAUCUCACGCACAAUCGAUUAAAGGAACUCGAGGAAUUUCCAAAGGAUCUUAAGUCUCUUCAGGUACUGGACCUAUCCUACAACCAGAUCGGUAUCGUUGGCAAAGUGACGUUCAAGAAUUUAAUUAGCCUGGUCGAGCUGCAUCUCUAUGGUAACUGGAUAAACGCGAUCUCCAGCGAAGCAUUUAAGCCUUUGAAGAAACUACGGCUUCUCGAUCUAAGUAGAAAUUACUUGGAGAACCUUCCGCUGAACGCUUUCCGACCUCUCGAGACACAAAUACGAAGUCUUCGAGCCGAAGAAAAUCCCUUACAUUGCGGAUGCGAGUCACAGGAGUUGUGGGAAUGGCUGAGGGAUCAUCAAAAGUUGGUCGGUGGAGUAGGUCGCGGUCGCGGCCGUGGAAGAAACGGUGUCGGAGUGGGUGACGUCGAGGGUGGUUUACUGAAAUGUGAGCAGCCACCGGAGCUUCGUGGACUCGUCUUUCUCGAUCUCGACCCUCAUGCUUUUUGUUCCGCUCCUCUUGUCCUCAAACUUGCGAUACAGGACAUACAGCCUUUCUCGGUGUUGGUAUCGUGGCAAAGCAGAAAUCAUUCGGGACUUCAUGGUUAUCAAGUGGCCUAUCAUGCAUUGGAUAAUGUCGCCGAGGUGAGUGUACGUGGUAAAUUAUUAGAUCCAAAAGCACGCUCGGUGAAACUGACAAAGCUGUCAUCGGACACUCGAUACCUGAUCUGCGUAUUAGGUCUCGGUAGUUGGGGUACACCGAUCCCAGAGGAUAUCGGUGCCUGGCAGUGGAAUUCCUCUCAUGACGAUUUAAUCGAAGGAUCAACGUUACCGGUUAUGUCCGACUCACCAACAAGUCGAUGUACCGAGGUUAGAACGUUGGAUGCUCCGGAUUCGAUAGUCGGUGAUGGUACCAUGAACGAUAGAGGAGGUCUCGCUAGUAUUCUAACGAGACGCUUGGGUUUGAUAGUCGGUAGCUGCAUGGGAUUCGUUGUCUUUAUAGUGUUAAUCUCAGUAUUAGGUUACAUGAAGAUGAAGAAGCAAAGGGCUGCCAUUAAGAGGGAUCAACCGAUAGCCUCAAACCCACCGGAGUACAUGUCCUACAGGCACUUUUCCUUGCAAAGCGGCGAUCGAGCAGAGAAUCCAUGUCCCAGCUUUAUCAGCAACAUCGGCACCACACCUUUGAACUCGUAGCACAAGCCGAACGAGUCUCGCAAGCACGAAUCUCGCGAGCACGAUAUUGAGAUGAAGAGCGUUUCGACAUACACAGGUAUCUUCGGCUAACUUAUUCGCUAUCGAAAUAACGACGACCGUCCAAACGUCGAGUAGUCGAGGAUAUCGGCCCGCUCGGAAAACGAAUCUCGGGAAGAAUCUGCUUCUGAUCGGUGCGUAAAACAUGGACGUUUUUUCAUCGUGGCACGUUAUACAAACAAAAAGAAAAACGGACGAGUAUAUAUGUUUCUUUUUCGAGAUGUCGCAAAAUGUUCGUUUUUCGAAACUCGCCAAUAAAUUCGAAUCCGGACAUCGAACUUUCUCAUCUACGCGAAAAUCAACGUAGAACCAUGAACGAUUUAUCACCACAGAAGAUUCUUACGAUGCUCGUAAAACUUCUUCUUCUCUCUUCUAUUUCUUGUUUUUUUUUUAUUUCUUUUUUUCUCUCUUGUUCUUCUUUUUUACAUCCUUCAACUCGGACGCUGCCUGGUUAAACUAACUGUGCCAAAAAGGGAUCGGAAACUUGCUACUUGCUUUUCUUCCAAUCCUUCGAAAUCCUCUAAGAUCGACCAAUCGACAAAGGAGGAAACUUUAAGACGAAGACUUUUGAAAUAAAUAGACAGAGAAACGCGAUAAUAGUUAAAGAAGAUCGAUCGUCCUUCGAUCGUUCAUAUUUACUACCAAGCAACAACGCAACGACUUCCAUAAAACUUCGAAUCGCUUGCGCGCGAAGACUGAUUUUUUAAGUGGUUUAUUCGAUUCUCGUCACUACAAUACUUCCCGUCUUACGAUUUUAAAUCUCAUCGGUGUACGAUAUGAAGGAAAGAAAUCAUUGUAAAUAAAAUCAAAUGAAAUAAAUGAAAAAUAAAGAGAAGAAAACAAAGGAAAAUGCGACUUAACGAUUGUUCGUACAAACGUGUAUAUCUAACGAAAAGAAAAACAUAAAUUAAUAAAUAAAUAAAUAAAUAAAUAAUUAAGUAACAAGAAAUUCCGUUUCCAUAGUGCUGCGAAAGCAAUAUUACACUUAUUCAUAACGAUAGUUCUUAUGAACAGCACUAACGGCGAAAUAAAGGAGGUAUGUUCGGUUCCGGACACACGGAAAAACACUUUAGAAUUAAAGAAUUGUCAAAGUUCAUGUGUGAUUCCUGCCAAACGAAAAAGAAAGAGAGGAAGAGUGAGAGAUCAGACGUAAUCAAUCAAUUGCCAAAACUGUUGACUGUGUACGAAAGCGUUACGAAGAAUCAGUAUAUUGUAUAUAGAUAGAGAAUAUGUAUACACUUAACAAUUCUUUAUUAUAGUCUAGGCUUUCGUUUAAUAAAAAUUCGUCAAAACUAA